CUUACCGGUAAAUUCCAGAGCUGACGUGUCUUUCCAAUUUUUGUGUUGUUUUCCUUCUGCUGUAGCAUCGGGAUUAUUGUUUAAAUAGAUCUGUUUUAUUGUUUUUCACGUGUUUGCAAUGGAUCUUCGGUCUAUAAUUUUGUUCGCCUUCUUUCUCGUCUCAACUGUUCAAGGACUUAUGUUUGAAUUACAACCGAAUGGCAGAAAAUGCUUAAGAGAAGAAGUACAGAAAGAUGUUCUCGUCACCGGAGAAUAUGAGGUGUCUGAGGUUCCUGGCCAAAGAACGGAUGUGAAAGUAACAGAUAUCAAGGGACACACUUUGGUGAGCCAUGAAGAUAAAAGUAAAGGAAAAUUUGCAUUCACAACUGAUGAUUAUGAAGUCUAUGAAAUUUGCUUUUUGUCCAAAGUCCCUCCUAAUCUGAGAGGGCAAAAACAUGAGGUGGAGGUUACCAUCAAAAUGGGACUUGAAGCCAAAAAUUAUGAAACUUUGGGAGAAGCUGCAAGAUUAAAACCCCUUGAAGUGGAACUUAAACGAUUGGAAGACUUGUCUGAGGCAAUUGUGCAAGAUUUUGCAUACAUGAGACAAAGAGAGGAAGAGAUGAGGGAUACCAAUGAAUCCACCAAUUCCAGAGUAUUGUAUUUCAGUGUUUUCAGUAUGUUGUGUUUGGUUGCCUUGGCUACUUGGCAGGUGUUAUAUCUCCGCCGCUUUUUCAAAGCCAAAAAAUUGAUUGAAUAAAAUUAUUUCAUUAAGUGUUUGACAAUAAAGAUGCCAGCGAAACCGAACAACUGUUCAACCAAACGAACUCGUCCUGGUGUCAAUGGUUGUGUGUAAUAACAGAAAAAGAAAAUUUGCUCCAA